CUAUCACUUCUUACUUCUCGUCUUCCUCCUUGUUACUCUCUGCAGACUCUCUUUCUCUCUCACACACACACACAGUCAAGAUGCUCUCUUUAAACCUCCUCUCCCCCACAUCAGGUGUCGCUAUCUCGAAAUCCAAGCAUAAAUGUCCGAUUACUUCUUCCAUUUUCAAUCCUAAUCACAAUACCCUCCGCCGCCACUAUCUUCCUCUCGAGGGCAUCGAAAAAUCUCAGAUCUCUUGUUCAAUCUCAGAUUUCAAUCGAUUCUUGACAUACCCAAUUGGAUCCUCUCUCAAAUCGAAGCCGCAAAUCGCCAGAGCCGCCGCGGAAGGAGCCCCGCAAGACGCUAUUCCAGAUGGGGAAACUGAAUCGGAGAAAAAACCCAACAAAACCCUACAGCUCACAGUCAUCUUCGGCCUCUGGUACUUCCAAAACAUCGUCUUUAACAUCUACAACAAAAAGGCUCUCAACAUCUUCCCUUAUCCAUGGCUCCUUGCUUCAUUUCAACUCUUCGUGGGUUCCGUUUGGAUUCUCCUCUGGUCGUUCAAACUCCAGCCUGCCCCGAAAAUCUCCAAAUUCAUCUUUGCCCUCCUAGGUCCUGCACUUUUCCACACAGUUGGACACAUUUCGGCCUGUGUUUCAUUCUCUAAGGUAGCUGUUUCCUUCACCCAUGUAGUCAAAUCCUCAGAACCUGUCUUCUCUGUUAUCUUCUCCUCGUUUCUCGGCCAGACAUACCCAUUAAAGGUAUGGCUCUCAAUUCUCCCCAUUGUUCUUGGUGUUUCCUUAGCUGCCAUUACAGAAGUCUCCUUCAACUACCAAGGACUGUGGGGAGCCCUAAUCAGCAAUGUGGGUUUCGUCCUCCGUAACAUUUACUCCAAAAAGAGCUUGCAGAGCUUCAAAGAAGUUAGUGGAUUGAAUAUGUAUGGCUGGAUCAGCAUAAUCUCACUGUUUUAUCUAUUCCCAGUUGCUGUUUUCGUUGAAGGAUCGCAAUGGGUUGGUGGGUAUCACAAAGCUAUUGCAAGUAUUGGCCAAGCUUCAACCUUUUACAUAUGGGUUCUUCUGUCUGGAAUCUUCUAUCAUCUCUACAACCAGUCAUCUUAUCAGGCCCUUGAUGAUAUUAGUCCCUUGACAUUCUCUGUUAGCAAUACAAUGAAGAGGGUUGUGGUGAUCCUUGCCACAGUGCUGGUAUUCAGAAAUCCAGUCCGACCUCUUAAUGCAAUUGGAUCUGCCAUUGCUAUUUUUGGUACUUUCUUGUAUUCUCAGGCAACAGCCAAGAAGAAGGUCCCAGAGAAAGAUGGAGGUGAGAAGAGCAGCUAAGAAUAAGGUAGUGGCUUUUGGAUAUUGGAUUUUGGUUGCUUCUUCUUGUUCUUUCCAUCUUUCAAUUUUUCUUUUGGAUUUUGCUUACAUACUUGUUGAUCCUUAUCAAUGGAAUUUUCAUAAAUGAAAUACAGAGAGUUUCUCUGUUAAGAUA